AUGACUACUCAUAAAAAACUACAGAUUAAUUAUUUUCUUAAUUAAUUGAAAUUUGUUAAGAUAGUAUAUAUUUUAUUAAUAAUAAAGAUGAGAAUAUAAUUGGGGUUUUUACCCAUAAAUAAUAACAUCUCAAUUGAAUACUAUCUAAGUCUCAAAAGUAAAGACCUAAUGAUAUUGGAUAAGCAAACCAUUAAAUUAAAACCACUAAAUCAGAAUAAACAUCAAAAUUGUCAUUAAAAAGCUUCCAUUUUUUCUUAUAUGUAGGAAUUGGAGGAUUUUAAAGAGUAUAUUUAGUUAGAUCAAAAAGAAAUGGAAGAUUUAUAGCCUUGAAAUUGAUAUCAAAAUAAUUUAUAAUAGAGCAUUAAAAACAAUAGAUUGUUUAAAAUGAAAGAGAUGUUAUGGUCUAAUUAAAUUUAAGUGAUCAAUAUAUGGCUAAAUCAUUUGUAUGCCAAUUGGAAUGUGCAUUUGGAACUAAAAAUUGUGUAUAUUUUGGUAUGGAAUAUUGCCUGAUGGUGAAUUAUUCAAUUAAUUACGAAAAUUUAGAAGAUGAGUUUGGACUAGGCAAAAAUCUAUUUAUAGAAGUUUACAUUGCUAUAGGAUUUUUGCAUAAAAAAAAGUAUUGUAUCGAGAUGUAAAACCAGAUACCAAAUAUGGGUUAAUUUGAUGAAACCUUUCAUUUUGCGGGUCACCAGAAAUACUAUAGUAAUAAGGGCAUAUAUUUGCAGUUGAUUAUUAUUGUUUAGGAGCUUUGCUUUAUGAAUUAUUGACGGGUUUGCCUUCAUUUUAUUAAAAAAAUACAAAUGAAAUAUUCUAAAGCAUUUUAAAUGAUGAUGUGUAAUUUCCUUUAAAGGUUGAUCUUCUGAGGCCAAGGAUUUAUUGAAAAGGUUGCUCAUCAAAUUUUUGAGGGUGUAAACCUUAUAAACAUCUUAAAAAGGUAAAUGUAACCUCCAUUUUUUGCCCAAUUUAAUUAAAUUCAAUUUUGAUCCAAAAGAAUUCAAAUAAGGAGGAUAACAAUUUAAUUAAGAAUUGUAGAAAUCAAUUCAAAGCGAUAAAGAUACAAUUUCUAUUUUAUAGGUGAUACUUUAAAAACAAAAAAGUUAAAAUUUGAUAAGUAAACUAAUAGAACUCAAUCAUUGAUUGAAGCUCAACAAGAUAUUCUAAUGACUGAUAGAAUUAAAAAGAAUUUCAAUUCAAACAAUUCCAUUAAUAUGUCUCCCAAGAGGGGAUUUUUAGCAAAGUAAUUGUAAGUGGAGCAUACUUAAAGAAAAAGGAAUUGA